CACACUCCCAAAUUACAGCAGUGGAAUGAAGCCGGGGCUCUUUGCCUUUCAGAGGGUUACUAUUUUCCCCAACUAAGAGGAUCAGAAAGAUUCCUACUGCGGGCUUGCAUCAUGGAAGCUGGAAGUCAAUCCAACAGUCAGCAAAUACUGUGGAAAGAUGUUGAAGGUGGAAAAGAGAAGAAGGCCAAGUAUCACACCUACCAGUGGGCGGCUCUGGUCCUGGCUCUGGUCCUCCUGGUUUUGGCUCUCUGCGUUUUCGGACUGAGGUAUCUGUGGGGCCCCAGUCUGGGGAAGGUGUAUGACCAUCAAUACAAAGCCAUGGUGGAUGGUGUGGAGAUGGAGAGUAUCAUGGAGAUUGAUCCCAACGACCGCAUUGAGAUCUUCAAGAUGGGAAAUGGGAGUCAGGAAGUGCUUGAGGUGCAUGACUUCAAACAUGGGAUCACUGGGAUUCGGUUUGCUGAACAUCAGAGAUGCUACAUCAGGACCCAAACGAAGAAACUACCCAUGGUGGCAGAAGUGGAGACUCGGGACAGAGAAAUGCUGGUCGAUGAAACCGAGGCCGUGGAUAUGAAGGUGGUGGACUCCCAAGUGUGGGUUCCUGCUGAGGAGCCUAUCAUUAACCCAGACUUCCUCCUUGACUCCAAGAUCUGGGAGAUUUGCCAGCAGCUGCCCAUCCACUGGAUUCAUCCCUCCUCCCUGGCCGAAGCUGAAACCCAGGAUGUGGACACACCUGACGCUGAGGCCGUAGGUCAGCGUUUUACCCGUGAUGUCCAGGACCACCUUCCUGUAAAUGACUACAGGGAUAUGGGAAUCGAGCUGGAUAACCGUCUGGAUGAAGGUGGCUACUGCUGCCAGUACUGUCGCCGUGGUUACCACCACUGCCGCCGCUACCACGAGCCCCUGGGCGGCUUCAACCCCUGGCCGUACUACUACCAAGGAGGCCGGGUCAUCUGUCAAAUUGUGAUGCCGUGCAACUGGUGGAUCGCUCGUAUGCUGGGGAGGAUCUGAGGGGCAGACGCUGUCUGGGAUUUAAAUUGUUUAUGUUGCUAAAGGUGAAACUCUUCUCUUUGAUAAAUAUUACAGACCACUUCAGAGACCAAAACUGUGCAGUGCACACAUUUUUUUGUAACUUUUCUAUUCCAUCAAAUGCAGUCUAAACAUGGAAGGUGAAAUGUUUUGAUUCUUAGGAGUUGCUUGUUUAUAGACAUCUCAUUUCCCUUCAUUUAGUUCUCUUUAUGGUGCUGUUCAUUUAGAGCAAUUACUUUAAAAGAUGUCAAUAGAAUCUAAUUCUAAUACUUCAACAGUUUCUGCUCUUUCUUUGCAUUGCAUUUAAUUUUUACUUCAUGACUUUAGAAUAGUUUUUUUUUGCAAAUAUUGUAAUGUAUAUGUAUGCAGUGUAUUGCAGUGUACUGUAAUGUAAUUUUCUGAGUAGACGCCAACAUUAGUUAGUCACAAGCAUGUUAGGAUAAGCAGAUAAACCUGGAAGUCAUAAAUCAGUCUUUCCUUACUAUUUGAACUGUGAUUUAAGCUCUGCUUGCAAUCCAUUGAAGGUCAGCUGAUGAAAAUGUUGAGAAAAAUAAUAAAAAAAAUUAACAAAUAAGCUUCAGAUGCAGCGCUGCACUUCUUAAGGUGCCUGGUGACACAUCGGAAAGUUUGGGAGUAAUGCUUGUCAACAAAAAAAGAAAUAAAAGGAGUUUUGUUCUUUUAUUGAGGAGAUAGAGACUCCCCAAACACUACAGGAGCACCGGUGCAAUCUGAUAAAACAGUCCUGCUAUAAAUUCUUAAUCCUAUUCAGCUAUUGAUGGUGAUUUAUUGGACUGCAUUAUUCUAAAAGGUCUUCCUAAUAAUUUGUCCACCCGUUAACAUGCAUGGAAUGUAUUAGUGCUGCAGUCCAGUACACGUCCACCUCAGGAGUAAAUAUCACCUUUCUUACAACUUCUAUUAAGACAUAUAAAAGCUUGUAAACAGUAUUUAUGGCUGCAGUGUUCAACUGGGUUGCAUGGGAUUGCACAGGUAUUCCCAGCAGAGUGCAUGUCUGCUUCUUUUUUUCAUUGCUUAAAGAACCAGCAGAUACAAGCCAAGAUUUACGAUACUCCCUGAUCACAAAAACCCAGUUCGAGCAUGCCUUAUAAUACAGAAAACAUAUAAAUAAUGCAAAUGCAAUUAAAAAGGGAAGAGUUUAGAUAUUGAGAUACAUGGCUGCUAUAAUGCCAGCCACUGGUGUGACACCACAAAACCCAGCACACAUGAUCUCCAGAAUAUUAAGAUCGACAUGAUAUACAAGCUUCCUUAGGUCAUACAUCACCAUCUGAAUGAAAAUGGUGCAAUAAGGAAAAAAUGGUAACGAGAAACAAAGGAAGCUGGUGAUGCUCGUGCCUUGACAGUCCAUGCCUGACUCCAUGUUCUUUACCAGUUCUCUUCUGUUUUGGCAUCAUGUUAAACUAAGGAUGUAUAAUUAAAGAUGCUCAGACCUCAGCUGUCUUUUGUGAUGUACUUUACUGAUGUAUUAUCCUCUUUUGUUUUCAUGGCUGUUGCAAUCUGCGAGCUGCUUAAAAUAGUGCUACUGUUUAAACAUUUUCCUCUUUGCUGAGGCAAUUUUAAUCUGUAGCAAUGCAUCUCGGCGUGUCGAGCUGAAACAACUCUCGUCUGCAACACGCAGAUAAGCAAGCGAGAUAUGCAUUUGUAAUUGAUGUUCUGUCAUCACAAUAACAAGGUGCAUAAACGCCCAAGAGUAUUGGAGCUAUGUGAGAAUACUCAGACGCUAAACAGAGAGACAAAACUGAAGCACUCAUGUUAAGAUAGUUUGUUUUGAAGACUUAUGUAUGAUUCCAUGGCUUUCCUUGUUUUUUCAAUUAAAUUUCAUUGUGUGAAUAA